CAUCGCUGUGACAAGGCAGUGGGGACACAUUGACACCUGGAAGGACAGAGAGCAGAAGAAAUACUCGCAGCAUGCACGUCAUCUGACAGAGCAGGAAGUGCCUGCAAAGUAGUGGGAGGCUGGUGAUAAGCACCGAGCGUGUCCCUGCUCUACUUUGACAUGGGCUAGACCAGACCCUGUGCAUGUGUCUCAGCACAGCUGUCCAGCAUGGCAGCGUCCAGUAACUCCAGCCUGUCCGGCUCCUCCAUCUCCUCAGAUGCGGAGGAAUACCAACCCCCCAUCUGGAAAUCCUACUUGUAUCAGCUACAGCAAGAAGCUCCUCGGCCCAGGAGGAUUGUAUCCACACAAGAGGUGGUGAACAGACCAAAGCAUUAUGGAAGGGAAUUUCACGGCAUCAUUUCUCGGGAAGAUGCAGAUGCGUUGCUGUGCUGUGCAGAAGGAGCAUACCUCAUUAGGGAAAGUCAGAGGCAGCCUGGCUGUUAUACACUGGCCUUAAGGUUUGGUCACCAGACACUGAACUACAGACUUUUCUAUGAUGGCAAGCACUUUGUGGGAGAGAAGAGGUUUGAGUCAAUACAUGACUUAGUAACUGAUGGCCUUAUCACCUUGUACAUAGAAACUAAAGCUGCAGAGUACAUUGCAAAAAUGACAACCAAUCCUAUUUAUGAACAUAUUGGAUACACCUCCCUGCUUAAGGAAAAAGUUACCAGAAGACUGAGUAGAACAAAGAAUGAAUCCAAAAGAACCCAUGUGUCAAAUGAAGGACAUGCACCUGUGGAAAAGAUCACCUCGCUGGUCCGAAGAGCAGCACUCACCCAAAAUGACAACCACUGCAACUACGAGAAAUCGCAUAAUUUUAAGGUACACACAUUUCGGGGGCCUCACUGGUGUGAAUAUUGUGCUAACUUCAUGUGGGGCCUUAUUGCUCAGGGAGUCAGGUGCUCAGACUGCGGAUUGAAUGUACAUAAACAGUGUUCUAAAUACGUGCCCAGUGACUGCCAGCCAGAUCUGAAGCGCAUCAAGAAAGUAUACAGCUGCGACCUUACCACCCUGGUGAAAGCACACAAUACCCCAAGGCCCAUGGUAGUGGACAUGUGCAUCCAGGAGAUUGAGCAGAGAGGCUUGACAUCAGAAGGUCUGUACAGAGUUUCCGGUUUUACAGAGCACAUUGAAGAUGUAAAAAUGUCCUUUGAUCGAGAUGGCGACAAGGCGGACAUUUCCAAUACUACCUAUCCAGAUAUUAACAUCAUUACAGGUGCUCUGAAACUCUAUUUCCGGGACUUACCUAUUCCAGUAAUCACUUAUGAUGCAUAUUCAAAAUUUAUUGAAGCAGCAAAAAUAUCCAAUCCAGAUGAGAGAUUAGAAGCUGUACAUGAAUCAUUGAUGCUCCUCCCACCUGCACAUUUUGAGACGCUGAGAUACCUAAUGAUCCACCUUAAAAAUGUUACACAGAACGAGAAGGACAAUCUUAUGGGGGCAGAAAACCUUGGUAUUGUCUUCGGACCGACAUUGAUGAGACCUCCAGAGGAAAACGCCCUAAUUUCCUUAAAUGACAUGCGACAUCAAAAACAAGUUGUGCAGCUCCUAAUACAAAAUGAAGAUGUUUUAUUCUGAAUGAAGGAUAGGUUUUUGCAUCCAGAGCUUUAGACAUGACAUUUAAAGCAGCAAAAAGAUGUAUAAUAACAUAAGUUCAGUAGUUGGACUUUAGUAUCGGUUGAACUGCAGAUACAAUACAUGCCAAAUUAUUUGAAUCAUGUGUCUCAUAGACAUGUGAAUUUAUCUCCUUUAGAAAAGGAGAAAUACACACAAAGAUAAUCCAGCCAGGUUGUUUCUUUGCCUUGUU